ACGUCUUGUGUCUCUCGCACGUAUCGCGAUGUCGAGCUUGCGUAGCUGUGUGUGAUUUUUUGUUGGUCGCUUCGACUCUUCGAGACGUGUAUGUUUCGCGCGAUGUGAAGGCAGGACGGGCAAGGGAAAGGAGCGAGGAGGGAAGGAGAAGCAGAAGAAGAGGAGGAGAACGGCGCGGAAGGGAAAGAGGAAGGGGAUGAAAUUUAAAGGGAGGGGCUGCCCGAAAAUGGCUGUCACCCACGGGGCAGAUCGUCCGGAGGUGGGCGAGUGACGAAUUUUUUUCUUCUCGUAGUCUCGUCCCCUCGCGUCUUCCAAUCACCGCCGCAUCUCAACACUGACCAAUUGACAUUGUUUUACAACAAUUGAGCGAGACCGGUUAGAGCCCAAUCGAUAGGUAUUAUGCUUCGGUCAAGAGCCAAUAUCCGCACUCUUUUUAAACAACCUCCGGAUCCCAACACCUUCACGGUCUGUGCUCAAAUGUGAACAAAAAACGAAGCGAUAUAUUCAAGUUUUUCUACGACACUUCGAAAAAACAACAAUAAUCAAACCGUUCAACCGUGCUACGAUCUCUUUUUCUUCCGAUAUUUUUUUCACCGCGUUCUCUCAGUUAUGGUCAUUCUCUCGCGGGGAUGAAAUCUUCGAGUAUUUACAUCAUUCUCUGUGUGAGGUCAGUGAAACUUCGUGCGUCACGAAGAGCAGUUGACCGAUAAAUCUCACCGGAUAAACACACCUUACCGCCGCACACACCAUCAUUUCCCUCUUUUUUUUGAUGGUUGCCAUUCCGAUUUUCUGUGUUUACGUAUUAACACUCCCAGUGAACGUAUUCAUGUUUUACGAAACUUGUGUUUUUUUUACUUCUUCCUACGAUUUUUGAGACAGCUAAUUGUAAGUUGCAAUUUUGAAAAAAAAGCCGAUGACAGUCACCGUGCGAGUGCGCGUAUUAUUCAAAUACAGUGGAGACUCAGUUUCAAGAUUUGAUAAUUCUUAUCUCGUCGACUUUCCGUCAAAAUGAUACCAAAAUUCUAACACCUUCGAUUUUGGAUUCGAACAAACAGUAAAAAGAUCACAAAAUUGGACUCGUGCAGAGAUGAGUUAACAGAGCAAAGAUAAAUGUUUUAAGGAGUUGAGGGAAGAGAGUUUGAGGGAGAGCGUAGAGAGAGAGCGAGAGAGAGAGAAGAUGCGAGUCAGCUCGUCUUGUAGAUCAGUUAUUCUUUGGUUGGCAAUUUUGUUUAAUCUGCAAGCAAGCUGCGAAGCAGAAGCUGAUAAAGCUGCAAGAGCAACAAAAAGUAGACAACGAACGGCACAUUCGCCAUGGCGUUUGGUAGUGUGUUUAUCGCAGCCUCAGACACCGUCGAGAAUGGAUGUACAGCGGGCUUGGGAAGAAGUGAGAAUGGAAGCUUCGCAGAGCGAAAUCGAAGUCUCUUAUGUCGAAGCAAGAAUGACACCGAUGACCGAUUCGCUCUCUUAUCCUCUAUCGCUGAUAACGAAAUUCUGUUCGGACAUAGAACACGGAAAAACUGUUUUGAGUCUGGUCAUCGGAGGGGGCUCUGCUGCAAGAUUUUUAAUUACUGCCGCAGCUUCCCUGAAUCUACCUUCUUUGUGGUUGCCAAUGACGCACAGAGAUUUUCUGCGACAGGGAAAAAGUGGACGAUUCGAAACUCGAUUGGGUUCCAGUUCAGAAGAAGCAGGGGCAGCAGCAGCAGCUCUGAUGCACAAAGCAAACUGGCAUGCGUUCACUCUCCUCAUUGACACAACCCUGUUGCCGAUGCACCAUCUCCUACAGCGUAAUCGUUAUGUCCUCACACCGAGGAAAAUAAUUCACUUACCUGCGAAUGAUAAAAGUCUGAGACUGAGGAUGAGGAGAAUCUCGGAGGAGGGUGGAAGCGGCGGUGUUCUAGUGAUGGCCUGUGAUUUGAAUAACGCUCGAAGAAUUCUUGCAGCGGCUUCCAAGUUCGACAUGAUGGCUGGAAGAUUUUUGUGGCUGUGGUUGGAUCUGAAAGCAGAGCUCAGGCCAAACGAGCCAGGGCUUAUAACGUCGCAUUUGUUGUACAAUUCUUUGGCGCCUGUGGCAAGAAAUGAGAAACAAAAUUCACCACUGGAGAAGAUUCUCGAGCACAGCGCGAGUCUUGUUGUAGAAAAUAGGGCGCAUCUUCAUUCGCUUUCAAAUCUGGCCAACGACGUAAAUCAUCUUCAGGAAUAUCGAUGGCAGCAUGAAAAAAAGAACGUGAAAAAACGCGAGGACAGAUACACCUUCGACGACGAUGAAGAAAUCCGAAUGACCGACAAAAGUAUGAACUCCAAAACUUUUAUGCCCGUUGGAAUGCUGGCCUUGAGACCUUCCAGUCUCAAGAUUUCCGGAGGUGACACUAUUUUGACAAGAAUGUUGCGAGCCACCUCUCAGGCACUUGACAACACUUUUCACGAAUUAAAAACCCCCCUCAACGGAUUACGUGAGCCACAACUGAAGGAACAAUUCGUGCCAAAUUGCUUCCCCGAAGCCAAUGCCAAAUUACCGUUUAACGAAAUUAAAAACAACGUUUCUAGAACUCUGACAAACAAGUUACGUGAUUCAAUGAGGCAAUUGUCCAGGGACAAGGCCGAAUUUCAGUUGCUUAAUUUGCAGGCUGUUCAAUUCCCCGGCAACAAAACACAAUUAAGAUGGACGAAAGUAGGAACUAUACGGGGUGGAAAAGAGGUUCGUUUGGAUACGAUAACGUGGCCGGGCGGUGGAAUAGUGCCGGCAUACUUGGAACAAGGUGGUGAAAAAGUGGGGAUGCCACUAUAUCGAAUAGUGACAGCAUUGGCGCCUCCAUUUUCGAUGAUGACGAAUCUACAGGAAGGUCUUUGUCUCCGGGGUUUGACGUGUCGGCAGGGUGAAGAAACUAAAUGUUGUUACGGUUUGACGAUGGAUCUUUUGAGCCUGGUGUCCCACGAGCUGGGCUUCAGGUUCGAUCUGUACGUCUCACGUGACGGACUCUUUGGAAAGAGGAAUGGGCAGAAUGGCACGUGGAACGGAGUAGUCGGUGAAUUGUUACACGGAAACGCACAAUUGGCGUUCGCACCGAUGAGUGUAUUGUCGAGAAGAGCGGAAGUGAUCGACUUCACAACACCAUAUUUCUUCAGCGGUGUCAGUUUCCUGACGGCCCCGAAACCCAAAUCAGAAAUUCCGCUGCUGGCAUUUUUAAUGCCCUUUAGCACCGAGCUCUGGAUCGCUGUUUUCACCUUUCUCAACGUCACCGCGAUGGCCGUCGCUGUUUACGAAUGGUUCAGUCCCUUCGGCCUGAAUCCUUGGGGUCGUCAGCGCAGCAAAAACUUCUCCAUCGCCUCUGCUCUUUGGGUUAUGUGGGGAUUACUAUGCGGACAUUUAGUUGCUUUCAAAGCACCUAAAUCAUGGCCUAACAAAUUUCUCAUUAAUAUCUGGGGCGGGUUUUGCGUUAUUUUCGUCGCUUCCUAUACCGCAAACAUCGCCGCUCUUAUUGCCGGACUCAUCUUCAACUCGGCGGUCAGCGAUUAUCGGGAUCGAAGUCUUUUGCAACAAAGAGUCGGUACGCCGCGGGCAUCAGCGGCUGAAUAUUACGUCCAAUCGGCAGAUCACGUGCUGUGGUCGCACAUGGCUCGUUUCUCGUUGUCCGACGUAGCCGAAGGCGUUGAACGUCUCCGGAACGGGAGCCUCGAUAUUCUCAUAGCCGACACGCCCAUACUCGAUUACUAUCGGGCGACGGACAAUGGAUGUCGCUUGCGGACGAUCGGAGACACGAUUAAAGAGGACACUUACGCUGUUGCGCUUACGAAAGGUCACCCCCUUAAGGAAACCAUUUCCAAGGUCAUUGCGAAUUAUACGAGCAACGGAAUGCUCGACAUUCUCAAGGAAAAAUGGUACGGUGGGUUGCCUUGCAUGAGAGCCCAAGACCGGCUAAAUCCAGGUCUAGGAAUGCACACGAGCGGCCAACCUCGACCUCUGGGCGUCGCUUCUGUCGCCGGGGUUUUUUGUCUCUUGGGAACGGGAUUGAUCGUUGGAACUUUGAUUCUCGUCGGUGAACUGCUCUUCUACAAGUACACUCUGCCUCGCCUACGUCACCGGCCAAAAACCUCGAUAUGGCGGAGCCGGAACGUUAUGUUUUUCUCGCAAAAACUGUACCGGUUCAUCAAUUGCGUGGAACUCGUUUCGCCCCAUCACGCCGCGAGAGAAUUGGUCCACACGGUUAGACAAGGACAAAUAACUUCCCUCUUUCAAAAAAGCGUCAAAAGGGUCCCCAUGUUUCAGAAGGAGCACGAACAGCGUCGACGUCGCAAGAGCAAAGCACAGUUCUUCGAAAUGAUUCAGGAAAUUAGAAGAGUACAGCAAGAAGAAAAAGUGGAGGCGCCAGCAAAAGAGGUGGAAACAUCGCGAGUGGCAAAGCGGGACAACAAGCCGCCAAAGGGUCGAGAGCGUAGCAGGAGUAAGAGUCCGUUGAUGCCGCGAAGUCCGAAGGGUUCGGAGAAGUGUCGAAGUUCGACGAAUUUGUCAAGUUCGCGUUUGGGUCUGGCGCCGAUGAGUUUGGACGCGCCAAAACCGCGUGAGUUUACGUUGAGCAGUACGAAUUUGCGUGCGCGGAGUCCGUUGGAAACGGUCGGUCGUAGAUUGAGUCACGGGGACGGAGGUUCGCCGCCGCCGCGUUUGGGUUCACAUUUCGGCGGGAGCGCGACGCUCCGACCUCUGGCGCCGGUGAAAUCGGACUCGGUGAGCGGCGGGGCGCCGACCCCGCGGUAUUCCCGGAGUCCUGCCAAAAGGGGACAGUCAUUUCCGGUUUUCGCGACUUUGCGACCACCGCCUCAUUCGACCAGUCACACAGCAGCGACGAAAAGUCCGCUUUUGUCUCCAAGCGCCGAACUUACUUCGGUAAUCGGGAGAAAAUUGUCCCGUGAAUGGGGCUCCGGCACCAUCGAUCUCAGCCGCUCUUCCGAAGCGAUCGGUAGUUUUUCAACUUACACCCUCGCCGGCCCAGAAACUCAUCUCGACCUUCCGGAACCCCCUCCGGAAUUGCGUCAAGAUGAAAUCUUCGUCGUACCGACAAAAAAACCAGUCAGACGCGCUCGCAGCCACGAAAACAGAGACACUUCAAAAUCCAGCGAUUCUUCUUCCACCACACCGAGAUUAACCGCACAACCCUCCGUCGGCGGACGAUCCGUCAGCGAGAGAACCAAAAAACAACUCGAGUCCGAACUCAAAGCUAUUCUCACCGCGAGAGCUCAUCAUCGGGAUCUCCAUCCACCUUGAUUCAAACGUCAAAAUGAUUCACCUUAAACGUCACGAAAUUCA